CCCGGCGGCAUCCACGAAGUGACCAUCAACCCGAGCCUCCUGGCGCCCCUCAACCUGGAGAUCGACCCGGAGGUCCAGAAAGUGAAAGUGCACGAGAGGGAGCAGAUCAAGACCCUCAACAACAAAUUUGCCUCCUUCAUCGACAAGGUCCGAUUCUUGGAGCAACAGAACAAAGUCUUGGAGACCAAGUGGUCUCUGCUUCAAGAGCAGGGCCAGAUAACUGUCCAGAAGAAACUGGACCCUCUUUUUGAGGCCUACAUUAACAACCUCAGGAAGCAGCUUGACGGCCUGCUGGGAGAGAAAGGACGGCUGGACUCCGAGCUGCGGAACAUGCAGGACCUCGUGGAGGACUUCAAGAACAAAUAUGAAGACGAAAUCAACCGGCGCACGGCCGCGGAGAACGACUUUGUGGUGCUCAAGAAGGACGUGGACGGCUCCUACAUGAACAAGGUCGAGCUGCAGGCCAAAGCGGACGCCCUGAUGGACGAAAUCAAUUUCCUGAAAAUGAUCUAUAACGCGGAACUGAACCAGAUGCAGCAGCAGGUCUCCGAUACCUCCGUCGUCCUGUCCAUGGACAACAACCGAAGCCUGGACCUGGACAGCAUCAUCCGGGAGGUCAAGGCGCAGUACGAGGACAUCGCCAACAGGAGCCGCACUGAGGCUGAGUCGUGGUACCAGAGCAAGUACGAGGAGCUGCAGCUCACGGCCGGCCGGCACGGGGACGACCUGCGCAACACGAAGGUGGAAAUUUCUGAGAUCAACCGGAUGAUCCAGAGGCUGCGGAAUGAAAUCGACAACGUGAAGAAGCAGUGCGCCAACCUGCAAACGGCCAUCUCUGAGGCAGAGGAGCGGGGUGAAAUGGCCCUGAAGGAUGCCCGAGCGAAACUGGCCGAUCUGGAAGACGCCCUGCAGAAGGCCAAGGCGGACUUGGCCCGCCAGCUGCGGGAGUACCAGGAGCUGAUGAACGUCAAGCUGGCCCUGGAUAUCGAGAUCGCCACCUACCGCAAGCUGCUGGAAGGAGAGGAGAGCAGGCUGGCAGGCGAGGGCGUCGGACCCGUGAGCAUCUGUAAGUGACCCAACGUUUUCAUGGUUUUUUUUCCAAAUGAAACUGCUGUCUGGGCCGUGGGGGCUGGCA